AUGCCUCAACCAGCCAGGCCUUCCCAGGCUCUGGGUUUUCCUCUGUAUAAGGAGAGGACUGGACAGCUGAAACAAGAGGCUCCUUCUGGCCUGAACUUCCAGAGCCACAAGGAAUCAUAUUCUUCUCAGACACACAUGGCAGAAGAGGGGGCUGCCCUCAAGGUCACCAGGGACCUGAAAGCUGCUGUCUCUGCCAUCCUCCAGGGCUACGGGGUGGGGCAUCGGGUGACAGACGCCAGCGCCGAGCUGCACAGACUCUGUGGCUGCCUGGAGCAGCUGCUGCAGUUUGACCAGAAACAGCAGAAGAGCUUCCUGAGGAAUCCUCGGAAGGAUUACUGGGACUUUGUUUGCACUGCCCUUUGGCGGCAGCGGGGGAGCACGGAGCCAGCCCGGUUUGUUCACUCGCAGGACAAGUUGAAGACCCCUCUGGGGAAAGGCCGCGCCUUCAUCCGCUUCUGCCUAGCCCACGGACAGCUGGCCGAGUGGCUGCAGCUCUGCCUCCUGAGCCCAGAGCUCACCAGGGAAUGGUAUGGCCCCCGGAGCCCUCUGCUGUGCCCUCAACUCCAGGAGGACAUCCUGGACUCUCUCUAUGCUCUCAAUGGGGUGGCCUUCGACUUGGACCUGCAGCGGCCAGACCUGGACGGGGCUUGGCCCAUGUUCUCAGAGUCCCGCUGCUCCAAUUCCAACCGAACCCAAGGAAGAAGGCCCAGAAAAAACAAAGAUUCUCCAAAGGAGAUCUCAGCUGUAAAUGGAGGCCCCAAAGGAGUCUUACCAGGGGAGCCACCCACCAGCCAAGCCAGCUGUCUGCAAGAUGCACCAGGAGAAGACCAGUUGGCUGGACUCCUCACAUCCCAGCAACACAGGCAUCUUCCUCCCUUUUUGGAAGAGAAGAAAGGAGAUCCCAGGAGCCUCAGGGGCCCCCACAGCAUGUGGGAACCGGAGGGGGAGGAGCUGCAGGAAGACCAGGAGAUGGGAGCCCCAAGCACAAGCAUCUGCCUGGAAAACUCAACACUCAGCAUCCACAGACAAGAGGAGGGGGUCAAGCGGGCUCUGAAGGAGGUGGCAGAGACAGCGGGUGAGGGCGGAGGGGUUCUGCUGAGUGCAGAGAGUCAGAGAACAACAGAGGGGACUGAUGAAAGGGAAGCAGAGUGGGGUUGUGUUCAGAGGCUGCUGGUCUCCAGCUCCAGAGGGACAAAUGAAGAUACGGUGUCAAGGAACAGACAGCAGUGCAAAGUGCCUAGCAUUCUGGGAGAGCCCAGAAUCCUUCAGAGCCUGGAUAUGAAGGAAGGCUACGCCACAGAGAAGCCACGAGAGCAAACAGGAGUGACCAGUGUGGCCAGGAUGGAAGAACAAGCAGACGUGGCCUUGCAGGAUGUAGUCAAGAGCCUCAAACAUAGGCUCCAGAAGACCAAGGAGCAAGCCCAGCACGAGGAGCAGCUGCGGAAGGAGCAGGAGACUCAGGUGAAGGCACUGCUGGAGCAGCUCAUCAGGUAUCAGGAAGAGAGGGCCCAGCUGCAGGCAGAGCUGGAACAGAAGCAACAGGAGGCUGAAAGGAGGGACGCCAUGUAUGAAGAGGAGCUCAGAGGGCAGCAGGACCUGGUCCGUGCCAUGAAGAGGCGGGUGUUGGAACUGAUUCAAGAGAAAGAUAACCUGUGGCAGAAGGUUCAGCAUCUCUCUUCCGUGGCCCCUGGAUGCUGUAUCGGCUGUGGCAAGUUCUUUGGCCGGUUGUCUCGGCGGUAUACAUGCAGGCUGUGUGGAGGCCUGGUUUGCCAUGCCUGCUGUGUGGAUUACAAGAAGCAAGAGCGCCGCUGCCCACCCUGUGCCCAGAAAGGAGAAGCCCAGGUCAUCUGA